UUUCCAGCAGAGCAGUCUUCUGUCAAGAUGGCACCGACUGGGCUGAAAGCGGUAGUCGGAGAAAAAAUUCUCAAUGGGGUCAUUAAGAGUGUAAAGAAAGAUGGAGAAUGGAAGGUUUUAAUUGUGGAUCACAUGAGCAUGCGAAUUCUGUCAUCUUGUUGCAAGAUGUCUGACAUUCUGGCAGAGGGGGUUACUAUUGUGGAGGACAUCAAUAAACGCAGGGAGCCCAUCUCCAGUUUAGAGGCCAUUUAUUUGAUUACCCCAGUGGAGAAGUCAGUUCGUGCUCUCAUUAGUGACUUCAGAGAUGCAGCCUUUACUUACAAAGCAGCACAUGUCUUCUUCACUGACACCUGUCCUGAUGGUCUCUUUGCUGAGAUCGGGAAAUCCAGAGUGUCCAAGAUUAUUAAGACUUUAAAAGAGAUCAAUGUGGCAUUCCUGCCAUAUGAGUCUCAGGUGUUUUCCCUGGAUGACCCAACUUCCAUGUACUCAUUCUACAGUUCCAAACAAGUUGAAGGUAGAGAUAAAAUGAUGGAAAACCUGGCAGAGCAAAUUGCAACACUGUGUGACACACUUAAGGAAUACCCUGCAGUUCGAUACCGCAAGGGACCAGAAGAAAAUGCUAGACUGGCUGAAGAGGUCUCUCAGCGCCUUACUGCUCACAAAGCUGACAACCCAAGCAUGGGAGAGGGUCCAGAUAAGGCUCGGUCUCAGCUACUGAUUGUUGACCGUGGGUUUGAUCCAAUCUCCCCUCUUCUGCAUGAGCUGACCUUGCAAGCAAUGGCUUAUGACUUGCUAGAUAUCAAACAGGACAUAUAUUCUUACCAGACAACUGGCAUUGGAAAUGCUAAAGAGAGAGAAGUGUUACUGGAUGAAGAUGAUGAACUUUGGGUUCAGCUCCGUCAUAUGCACAUUGCAGAUGUAACAAAGAAAGUGACCGAGCUGCUUCGCACCUUUUGUGAGAGCAAGAGAAUGUGCACUGACAAUGCCAACAUAAAAGAUCUCUCUCAGAUGUUAAAGAAGAUGCCACAGUAUCAGAAGGAGCUGAGCAUGUACUCUACUCAUUUGCACCUGGCAGAGGCUUGUAUGAACAAAUUCAAGGCCUCUCUGGAUAAACUUUGUGAAGUGGAGCAGGACUUGGUAAUGGGAGCAAAUGCAGAUGGGGAGCCUAUAAAAGAUGCCAUGAAAAGCAUUGUUCCUGUACUCCUCAACAAUGAUAUCAGUACCUAUGACAAAAUCCGUAUCAUACUGCUGUAUAUUUUCCACAAGAAAAAAGGCAUCGGGGAGGAGAACCUUGCCAAGCUCAUCCAGCAUGCAAACAUACAGAACGACAGCACCAUUAUCACCAAUCUGCAAAACUUGGGCUGUAACAUCAUAGCUGGGGGUCGUAAUGCUGGGAAAACACUUCCCGAGCGUAAAGAACGAACUGAGAGUACAUAUCAACUCUCUAGAUGGACACCCACCAUCAAGGACAUCAUGGAGAAUGCCAUAGAUGACAAGCUGGACAGGAAACAGUGGUCAUUCAUAUCUGAACCUGCAGCAAUCAGCACAACUCAGACUGCAGUCAGCAGUGCACGUUUUGGACACUGGCACAAGAAUAAAUCUCCAACAGAAUAUCGUUCUGGCCCUCGUCUUAUUAUUUUUGUGAUUGGUGGGGUGACGCACUCGGAGAUGCGUUCCGCUUAUGAAGUCACUCGAGCCACAGAAGGGAAAUGGGAAGUACUCAUUGGGUCAUCUCACAUCCUGACUCCAACAAGCUUCCUCGAUGACUUAAAGAGUCUGGACAAAGAUCCCAGUCCUAAAUCUUAGUAUGAGGAGUACAUGGUAAUAACGAUGUAGUCUUUAUUUGACUGGUAGCUUGUGUUCUGUGCUGCAUAUCUGACAUCUAAAGUAAAUUAUGAAAAGAAUUUUUAGAUGUAGCCAUGGAAGAAAACAACUAAUUUUGUUUUAGAAUGUCCUUUUUAUUGUUUGUUCUGUAUUCGGUUGUGUAUUCUGCUGAUUUGAAACUAUGGAAAAUAUUUAAGUAAUUAGUCUUUUGGUUAUUGCGCUAUUCUAAUGAAAAUGUCUUUUUUGGGGUUACUUACGCAAAUCAAAUAUAUUAUGUAAUUAGAAAAACAUGAUCAUAUCAUAGCAAAUGUGUUAUGAAAAUAUAAUGUAUGGGGUUGUUAAUACAAGCAGAUGUAUACAAUAGAAAAUAAUAGUGUUUAAAUGAAUUUUUCUUGUUUCUAUAGGUAUAUUUUUUCCACAUCUAAGAAUGUUUAUCCUUGACAAAGAGUCUCACCUGCUGUAAUGAGAUAAUAUUAUUUGAAAUACAAAAUAUUGCACAUGAACUUGUACUUAAUAUAUUAAUUGGCACUUGUAUGGUGGGUUCUUUGUUUACUAAUCGUUAAAUAAAUAAAUAAAAGAAA